UUUCCUGUGGCAUGAUAUUCACAAGUUUUUGGAUUAAACUAACUAAAACAUUCAUUAAUUGAUGAAAUUCGAAGUUUUGCAUCUCUAACAACUGUAAAAUUAAGAAAAGAGGAAUGCAAUGUAGAGAGUAAAUGUUGAUGAGUGAAGAAAUGAAGGCCGUACAGAUUAAAGUAAAACAUAUCAUCAGAUUAGUUAUUAUACUGGUCAUAGCUAUCAUCAUUAUCCUGUAUGGUUUACCAUUAUUUCAUCACCCUAAAUACAGACAGAUGACUCAACUUGAAAUAGAAUCUAUAUACAAAAAGGUGAAGAAUGAAGAAGGAAAGAUGUACCAGAGUGAAGGGAGUCUGAAAUUCAAGAAAAGGAAAUUCUACUUAGAUGGAAAGCCCUUCAGGAUUUUCAGUGGAGCCUUCCAUUACUUCAGGGUUCUUCCCCAGUACUGGAACGAGACAUUCAUGAAGAUGAAAGCUUGUGGACUAAAUACUGUAGAAACGUAUGUUGCAUGGAAUGUUCAUGAAGAAGUCAGUGGUCAGUUUAAUUUUGUAGGAAAUCAUGGACUUCUAAAUGUGAGGGAGUUUAUUCAGACAGCUAAGGCCCAUGGAUUGUUUGUAAUUUUACGCCCCGGUCCAUAUAUUUGCUCAGAGUGGGAAUUUGGUGGUCUUCCUAGCUGGCUGUUGAAUGAUGAUGAAAUGAAGGUACGGUCUAAUUAUGAAGGCUACCUCAAAGCUGUGGACAGAUAUUUUGCACAUCUUCUAACACAAAUCCAGGAUCUACAGUAUGGUAAAGGAGGUCCUAUUAUUGCAUUCCAAAUUGAGAAUGAGUUUGCAUCCUACAGUACAGAAGUAGACCAUUUAAAGACCUUAAAGAAGAUGAUGAAGAAACAUGGAGUGGUGGAGGUGUUCUUUACCUCUGACUCUGAGAUAUCUAGUUGGAAAAAUGGACUGCAUUCCAUUGUUUAUGAGGCUCUGCCCACGGUGAAUUUUAAGGAACUGAAUGCUGGAGGACAACAGCUGAUGGAUUUUGUCCGUGGUCUCAGUGAAGAGUUCCCCCUCUUUGUCAUGGAGUACUGGUCAGGGUGGUUUGAUGAAUGGGGAAGGCCCCACAGCAGAGAUUUAGAUACAGAGAGACUGAAGGAAAUUUUAACAAAGUUGUUAGAGGAGGGGGCAUCAAUUAAUUUUUACAUGUUCAGAGGGGGCACAAACUUUGGAUUUAUGAAUGGAGGAAAUUAUCUACAUAAACAGUACAGUCCAGUAACUACAAGUUAUGAUUACAUGGCUCCAUUAUCCGAGGCAGGAGACAUGACAGAGAAGUACCGCAUCAUCCGAGAACUUUUACUUCAGUACCAGGACGACGUCCGUCAUUUCCACGGAGCAACACUGAAAGAAAUUCCACCAGACACUGAAAAAACUGCUUAUGGAACAGUGCCAAUCAAACAGUAUCUGCCUUUUGAGAAAAUGGUGGAUGAAAUGAAACAGAUGGUAAUAGAAUCCAAGAAUAUUGAUUCCAUGGAGCAUCUCACUUUACAUCAUGGAGGGGGGCAGAACUAUGGCUUUAUACUGUACAGGAAAAUCUUGCCAAAGAUCAGAAAAUUAGAAAUAAAAGGUUUAAUGCAGGACCGUAUGCAGGUAUUUUGGAAUGGUAAAGAGGUGGCUACAUAUGACUGGAAUGAGAAUGUUUAUGUUAUACACAUGGACUUAGUGGGGCCUGUAAGAAUGGAUGAGAAACAUAACACACUGGACUUGUUAGUGGAAAAUCUUGGAAGAGUUAAUUAUGUUAAAUUUGGUAAAGAUACUCUCAAUCAAGAAUACAAAGGUAUAAUUGGAGAAGUUUUUGUAAAUAAUUCCAAAGAAGCCCUAACUGGCUGGAAGAUUUAUCCAAUGGACUUCAGACCUCAGUAUCUAAACAAUAUCUGGCUAAAUAGUGGAUACAAACCCCUCGUUAAGAGAGAAGUAUCACCGGCCAUCUUUUCUGCAGAGUUUGACAUACAGGGUACACCUAAAGACACAUUCCUGUCUAUGAAUGGUUGGUCUAAGGGAGUGGUGUUUAUUAACCAUUUUAAUCUGGGUCGUUACUGGAAUCAGGGGCCCCAGAGAACACUCUAUGUUCCAGGGAGUAUUCUAAAGAACAACAAAGCCAACACAAUAAGAAUAUUUGAACAAAAGAAAGCAGGAAAAGAAGUAUUUUUUGUGGAUUCUCCUGAUCUGGGAGGCUAAGUGUAGUGUUGUUCACGUCUGAAAAGUGAAACUGUUCAAAUAAACAGUUAUAUGGUGCAUUCCCUGUUACAUGUAUAAAGAAAAUGUUCAUGUUAAUUACUUAGUUCUUUAAACUUUUGAUUGACAACUUUGUAAUUAUUAUUAAGGCUGGUGAUUAAUGAAAAGAAAAUUAACUAAAUUUACUGGUAUAUAUCUAAACUAAAUGUAUAAACAGAAUUUUCUUCCUCUCCCAAUCUUUAUUCUAGAUAUGUUCACAACAUGUGUUGCUAUUACUAUGCUAUACAUAUCUUGAAAUAUGCAUAUUCUGUGAUAUUUACACACUUGUCUUUGUGUGGAUGUUUAUAAAACAUGCACCUGUAAUGUUUUGUUUUCAAAGUUAAGCAUUAUUUAAAGCCUUUUUUAAAAUCUUGAUUGUGGAUUUCACUUCACAUAUUGCAAAAGCUAUCUGCUUCCAUGCCCAUAAAUAGGCAGUUGAUUAACCUAUUAAUUGUGAAGAUGGAUUUUAUUUGUUGAAGAGCAUUGUAUUGGUGCUAUGUUCUGCUUUGUAAGAUACAUGUAUAUUCCUGGUAAUAAUUUUUUUCAAUAUUUUUUUUUAAAGUUAUAAAUUUGAAUUUUAAUUAAAAACAUAUACAUGAAUGUAAUAUAUUUUGAUAUAUGGUUUAUUUAUAUUCUUUGAAUCUAAAAAUGUUUUUUUAAUCUGUAGAAUUUAUAGCUUGAUAUAGAUACCUGAAUAGAUGUAUGUCACUUUGAAAAUUUUGUUUAGAUAGCUUCAUUUUCAUUGGAUGAGCACGGGCCGUAAUGAUGCACAAGAGUGAAUGUAGAUUGAGUGAAAUUUACAUGAGGAAUCUAAAUGUGUCAAACACAAUGUUUCAUUUAAUUUAACUUUUAAAUAGUUUCUGUUUUCUUUGUUUGUAUAUAAAUAUUAAACCACUUUA